AACAGCAGCAAACCAUAUGAUAUGCCUCAUGGUCGGUUUGCCUUCUAAUUCUACUUUCUUCCUCCUUUGAUUCGUAUCAUUCUGCAUCAAUUUCACUCUUCGAUUCUAUACAUUAGUCAUUCAGCUCGAACAUCCAAUAUCAUGGUUGUUCCUGCCGCCAGCAUAUUCCCGCCGGUUCCAACAACAGAGUCCAUUGUCAGUGAAGCGUUUGACGAAUUUAACUUCCACGAAGAACCAGGGUUACUUCAGUUUUGGGAAUGCAUCACGGCUUCUGAUUCCGAGGACAUUGGAUGCUAUCUUACGUUGACAGAACAAACCUAUAUGUUAACUCGAGAUCAUGAAGGACUUCUGCAGGAUUAUAGGAGGAGAUGUCUUGUAAACCGUUAUCCUUUUGUUGGCUUAGAAACAAGGGUGGGCAACUGGUUACCUGGCCGAGCGGCUCAAACAAGGAUCGCAGACCAUCGGACGAUACAUCAUGCGCUUAAUCCCGAAGAUCAACAUCCAGCAGACGUAGGAGGCAUGGGGCAGUUGGUUUUGCCUGUGUUUCGUGACCAGGGUGAUGGGAAUAAACUCGUGGGAAUCAUUGAGUAUGUCACGCCUGUACCUAAAGAAAGUUAUGUUGAAGAUUUUGAACAAAUUCACAAUCUACUAAAGGAUGAGGGCUUGAAUUCCACAUAUAUGGGGAAGACGAUAAAAGUUGAAUACGAUGAUGAUUUGAUCAAGUUUACUCUGCCUCUUUCAGCUAAACUCACAGAUCUGCACAAGGAAGUGAAAAAGAGAUUUUUGAAAUUAAAGCCCCGAAAUUUGUGUGUCGAGUAUAAAGACACCGAAGGUAACCGUCUUCCAAUAUCUAGCGAUGAAGACCUCCAUGCUUGCAUGGCUGAGUCUAGUUCAAGAGGGGAAAAGUUCAUCAGAAUGCGUAUUAUGUUGAACGCAUAGCAGUGCGAUGACCCGCUCUCUUCUUUUCUUGGUUUGUUAUAGAAUGGAUGGUCGUGGUUUACCAAAAUUUUAGAUGUGGCCCCUAGCUUUUCAAAAGUGCACACAUUUAGUCCCCAGCUUUACCAAAAGUCACAUGGAUGGCCCAUGUGAUCUGCAUUUUGUAACGCUUUAGUCCCUAAGGUUUCAUCAUGUCCAAGUUAGGGACUAAACACGUUAAAAAGUGCAAACCACAGGGACCAUCCGUGUAUUUUAAGAAAGCUAGGGAUCAAAUCCAAAAUUUUGUUAAACCACAGAGACCAUCCGUGUACUGUACUCUUUGUUAUAUGAAUAGUGGGUGAAAGGGUCUUAUUCUGAAGUCAUAUAUAGUUAAAUUUGGAACUUCUUUAAGCAUA